GCGAACCUGUCUUGUCGAUAACAGACGAAUGCGUAACGUCGGACGCGAAAAUUCAAUUCACAUAAUUAUAUUUCUGUUUCGAAAAUGAGUCGAAAAUAGUUUUCUUUUUGUUUAAAAAAAAAACCAAAAGUGUUGGUAUUUUUUUGUAUAUUAUAUUUUAUUUAAUUUUUUUAAUAAAUUGAGAGUUUAAAUGAAUUUGUAAAAGUGUUGCAUUUAUAAUUAAAAUUUGUACGUGAUAGUUUUAUUUUUUAUAUUUCUGUUAUUAAAAUUUAGAAAAAAUGAAGAAGUAUUUCUACUUUUUCGACGAGGGAAGCAAAAUCAACCAGAUUAUAUGUGCUGUACUGGUAAACUUGCCAGUCUUCGCGUACGGAGCCAGCAUAGGAUGGAUGUCUCCGAUGUCAUUGCUACUUCAGUCCAAAGACUCACCCAGGGAUGUACCAUUGACUGAUUAUGAGGUAUCCUGGAUGGCAUCAGUGCCAUAUCUAGUUUGUAUACAGGCUGAUUACUUAAUGGCUAUACUUAGUGACAAGUUAGGGAGAAAAUUCACGCUGUUCUUCACAUCUGCUACGUCUUUUCUGGCCUGGACGAUAAAAUUGUCAUCCAUGGAAGUUUGGGCGUUCAUCUUAGCGAGAGCAUUAUUUGGUAUCACCAUGGCUGGAGCCUACGUUACUUGCCCAUUGUAUACUAAGGAGAUCAGUUCAGCAAAUGUCAGAGGGACUCUCGGUACUUUGGUAAUAUUGUUUCAUACGACGGGCAAUCUCUUCUCCUACAUUAUAGGAGACAUACUGAGCUACAGGACCAUCCUAUGGAUCUGUCUGAUGCUUCCAACCCUUCACUUGAUCCUCUUCAUAAUGAUGCCUGAAUCGCCUUCGUACUUAAUCAAGAAAGGAAAGACUGAUGAAGCUAUCAGAGCAAUGGCGUGGCUCAGAUGUAGACAAGAGGAUGACCCACAGGUGAUAAGUGAAGUGAAUCAAAUCAAGAAGGAACAAAUGAAAGAUGAAGAAAACAAUGGAUUCAUUUUAAAAGCUAUACUGCAAGACAAAAUACUCCUAAGGGCGUUCAUAAUAGCUAUGGUACUAUCUUUGGCUAGAGAAGUAUGUGGCUCGAUACCAGUGCUGAACUUCGCUGGGGAGAUCUUCUACAUGGCUUCUGAAGGAUCUGGCAUAGUACUGACUCCUAAUCAGCAAGCCAUGGCUCUUGGAGCCGUUCAAGUCCUUGGAGCAAUGUUGGCUUCAUACCCAGUUGAAAAGGCUGGAAGAAAGGCACUCUUCAUAGCUACAGCUCUAGUAUCUGGCCUGAGUAUGUGUGCCCUGGCCUCCUGGUUUGUGGCUCGAGAGUACCAGGUCUUCACUCCAGCCUGGAUACCCCUUGUCACUCUCUGUUUGUGCAUCUUCUGCGACGCCCUUGGCUUGCAGCCAGUGUCUGUUAUCGUUACUGGAGAGAUAUUCUCUUUCAAAUACCGAGGCUCAGUAAUGGCAAUCACAAUGUCAGCAGCAUCAGUAGCUGCCUUCCUACAAACACUAUUCUUCAAGCCACUAGUCAACGCAGUGGGUGGACCUCAGGUAGCAUUCUACUUCUUUGGAGCAGUUUGUCUGGUAACAACUAUCUACGUAGGCAUCUGGGUACCAGAAACUAAGCAAAGAAUCUUAGAAGAAAUUUAUGAAGACUUGAAGACGAAGAAAGAGAAGAAAAUGGAAAGAGAGAAGGCACUAGCCAUUGAAGAAGGAAAGACGGUUGCUUAAGAAACUAUUAAUACUAAGACAAGAGUUAUUUCCAAUAAAAUUUUAUAAUAUAAUUUA